ACAACGACGCCAUUUAAUUCGAUGUAAAGGGCCCUUUAAAUCGAUUUCUGUACUCCACCCCAACGAGCGGAGUAGCGCCAAAAUCGAUUUUAGCAAUUCGAAUUAGGGUUAGUGUGGCCGCAAUUCGAUGGUAUUGGCCUCCGGGAGCUAUCCCACAGUGCAUCAUUGUGACCGCUCUGGACAGCAAUCCGAACUCGGAUGCACUGGCCAGGUAGACAGGAAAAGCCCCGCGAACAUUUGAACUUCAUUUCCUGUUUGCCCAGCGUGGAGAGCACAGGUGACCACAGAUACCUCAUCAGCACAGGUAACCAUGCAGGCUGAUAAUCAAAAAAGAGCACCAGCAUGGACCGUGAGGGAGGUACUGGAUCUGAUCGCUGUAUGGGGAGAGGAUUCAGUGCUUGCAGAACUUCGUUCUAAAAGACGAAAUGCAAAAACUUUUGAAAAAAUUUCCAAGGGCAUGAUGGAGAGAGGCCACAAUAGGGACUCUGAGCAGUGCCGCGUGAAGGUCAAGGAGCUCAGACAAGCCUAUCAAAAAACAAAGGAGGCAAACGGUCGCUCCGGGUCAGAGCCGCGGACAUGCCGCUACUACGCCGAGCUGCAUGCAAUUCUAGGGGGGGCUGCCACCACUACCCCACCUUUGUUCGUGGAUUCUGGGUCGGGGAUAGUCUCGACGCCUGAGGAUUCUGCCGAUGGGGUAGAGGAGGACGAGGAGGAGGAUGAGCUUGCAGAGAGCACACAGCACUCCAUUCUCCCCAACAGCCAGGAUCUUUUUAUCACCCUGACUGAAGUACCCUCCCAAGCCUCCCAAGCCAGUACCCAAGACUCUGACCCCAUGGAAGGGACCUCAGCAGCUGCAAAUUCCUCAAGCCUCCCUCCUCCAUCCCGAAGGUUAUCACAGAUAAGGCGUCGUAAGAAGAAGACGCGGGAGGACAUGUUUUCUGAAAUUAUGUAAUCCAGCAGGAGUGACAGAGCUCAUCUGAAUGAGUGGAAGGAAACAGUUUCAAAGUAUAGGAAAGAAGUCAGUGAACGUGAGGAGAGGAGGGACCAACGUGAGGAGAGGAGGGACCAACGUGAGGAGAGGAGAGACGAUCGAGAUGAGAGAUGGCGGCAGGAAGACCAGAGGAUGAAGGAUGCAACGCUGGGGCUGCUCCGGCGUCUGGUGGAGGUUCAGGAACGGCUGCUGGAAAACAGACUGCCGCUUCAGCCCCUGUUCCACCCUCCCCCCUCCCCAUGUUCCGUAUCCUCCUCACCCAGACGUGUAAGAACGCGGGGGGGGAGGCUCCGUACACCUUCCCAUUCCACCCCAGUAGACAGCCCAAGCAAAAGGCUGUCAUUU